AAUUAAUUCGCAAUAUAGUGACAAAGCGGUAAAACGUUAGUGUCCUAGCCAUGGCAGUACUUGAAAUAUGUCUGGCCCUCUUGGGCAUUGGUUUCCUGAUCUACAAGUGGAGCACGGCCACCUUCAAAACCUUCGAGGAGCGGGGCCUGUACUUCGAGAAACCCUACCCAUUCGUGGGCAACAUGGCUGGUUCGGCCUUGCAGAAAGCCUCCUUCCAGAAGCAGCUCAGCGAGUUCUACGAUCGCACUCGCCAUCACAAGGUUGUGGGCCUCUUCAAUCUGCGCACCCCCAUGAUCCAGCUGAACGAUCCCGAGGUGAUCAAGAAGAUUUGCGUUAAGGACUUCGACCACUUCCCUAACCACCAGCUCUUCAUAAGCCCCAACGAGCGUCUGGUCAAUGACAUGCUGAAUGUGAUGAAGGAUCAGCGUUGGAAGCACAUGAGGAAUACUUUGACUCCGGUAUUCACGGCGGCCAAGAUGCGCAGCAUGUUCACCCUGAUGAACGACAGUUUCGCCGAGUGCCUUCAGCACCUGGACACCGAAUCGGGAGCAGCUUCGGGAAAAAGUUUCGAGGUGGACAUGAAGGUGCUGUGCAACAAGCUCUCCAAUGAUGUCAUCGCCACCACUGCGUUUGGACUGAAGGUGAACUCGUUCGAUAAUCCGAAAAAUGAGUUUUACAGUAUCGGCCAGAGUCUGGUAUUCUCUAGAGGACCGCAGUUCUUCAAGUUUAUGCUUUCCAUCGCUGCUCCUAAGCUCUUUAAUUUUUUCAAAUUGACCAUCUUUGAGGCCAGCAAAGUAGAUUACUUCGUGCGCCUGGUGGUGGAUGCCAUAAAAUACCGCGAAAAGCACAACAUCCACCGACCCGACAUGAUCCAGCUGCUGAUGGAGUCCAAGAAGGAGACCCAAGAAAACUGGACGGACGACGAGAUAGUGGCUCAGUGCUUCAUUUUCUUCUUUGCCGCCUUUGAAAACAAUUCCAACCUGGUAUGCACAACUACCUACGAGUUGCUGCACAAUCCAGAAAUUCAGCAGCGGCUGUACGAGGAGGUUAAGGAGACCCGGGAGGCUCUGAAGGGCGGCUCACUUAAUUACGAUGCCGUUCAGAAGAUGCCCUAUAUGGACAUGGUCAUCGCUGAGUCCCUGCGCAAGUGGACCUUAGCCGCUGCCACCGACCGCUGUUGCUCCAAGGACUAUACUCUCACAGACGAAGAUGGCACCAAGCUCUUCGACUUCAAGGUGGGCGACCGUGUUAACAUACCGAUCUCUGGAAUUCAUCUGGACGACCGCUACUUCCCCGAGCCGAGGAAGUUCGAUCCAGAGCGCUUCAGCGAGGAGCGGAAGGGUGAGCUGGUGCCGUACACUUAUCUGCCUUUCGGCGUGGGUCCUCGUAACUGCAUAGGAAAUCGCUAUGCCUUGAUGCAGGUCAAGGGCGUGUUGUACAACCUUCUGCUGAACUACAAGAUCGAAGCUUCACCGAGAACUGAAAAAGAUCUUUGGGGAUCGGCACGUGGCUUUAACUUUACCCCCCGGUCGGGAUUUUGGAUGCAGUUGGUUCCCAGAAAAUAAGAUGAUAUUAAUAAUAAAUAAUUUUUAGCGACGCAAAACAAA